CGAAAAGAUCAAUAUUACACUUAAAACAGAAAACGCAACCUUCAAUAUUCAGCAUGCUCUUCGGUGCCGCCACCUCCAUCAUAUCGUUGCUCUGCGCGCUUGUCGUAAAGGCAGGCGAAUGCGAGGGCUCCGAUUCAAGGCCCUCCGAUACAGGUUUCGCUGCUAUAAGAUUCGCACAAGGCGAAUGGAAGGAUGGCAAGCAGGCCAUAAGGGACGGAGCUUCUUUGGGCUUUGUCUUGAACAGUACUCUCACCACCAGCUCGCUGCUGGAGUGCACGGACAAAUGUUGGGAAGAUGCCGAGUGUAAGGGAGCUGACUGGCUCGCUUGGAAGACCAACCCCGAACGAGGUACAUGCACGAAAUGGCUCGGACAAGGGCAUUUCGAGUUUGUAUCUGCUCAACCCGAUCUGCCGUUCCAUGGAUACGCCAUGAAGAACGACAAAUGCGGUUCGGAAUGGGCGAAUGGUCAAACUGCAACGUGCUGCGACAUUUUCAUGCACGAAUGAAGGUGAUUGUCACCUGUGUCAAGCGGUCGUUUAUCC